AUGCCCAGACUCCAGGUCCAGGAGGCAGAGCAUGGAGGAACCAGCCAGAUGCUCAAGGGCUUCAUCAACUCUGGCCACCGGAUGGGCCGGGACCUGGGUGAUGCUGUUCAUCCUGCGCAUGGGCGGCAGCGCUUCCUCACCGGCCACAGCCACAACGUGUCGUGCGUGGACGUCAGCCGCUGCGGCCGCUACAUCGCCUCCGGCCAGAUCAACUUCAUGGGGUUCCGGGCCGAGGUCAUCAUUUGGUCGUACGACACGCUGGAGCGGUACGGCUCGCACAACCUGCACAAGGUCAAGGUGGAGGCGGUGGCGUUCUCGCCCAACGACGUGUUCAUGGCCUCGCUGGGCGGGCAGGACGACGGCAACGUCAUCGUGUACGACGUGGCCACCAAGGACCCGCUGUGCGGCCUGAAGGCGUCGCAGCCGACGCAGGGCAACUCACUGGUGCUUAAGUUCUGCAGCACCGUGGACGACACGUUCGUGACGGCCGGCGACUACACGCUGCGGGUGUGGAAGAUCCACCGCAAGAAGCGCUUCCUCGCGCCUUCCAACGUCACCCUCAGCGAGGUCAAGCGCAAGAUACGGUGCGCUCGGAUCGACGCCGUCGACCGGUACCUGUACUGCGGCACCACCUCCGGCGACAUCAUGAAGGUGCGGCUAGCGCAGGAGCCGGACCAGAUGCCGGCGCUGGUGGCGUGCCUCGCCCGCACGCCGGAGAAGAAGAACAAGCUGACCCGCGAGGGCGAGUCCUACAGCCUGGGUAUCUGGUCGAUGCUGAUGCUGCCCAACGACGAGAUGCUGGUGGGCACGGGCGCCGGCCGGGUGGCCCGCCUGCAGGAGUCGACCCAGAAGCCCAGGAACACCAUCAAACUGAUGAAGCGCGUCACAGACCGGCUGAUGGACGAGGUUCAGUGCAACACGGUGCAGGGCCGGGUCACCACGCUGACCGCCGACCAGAGCGGCCGCGUGUACGUGGGCACGGCCGACUCUCACAUCUACAGGGCCUGCCCCAGCUCCAUCAAGCUGACCCUGCUCCGCACCGGCCACCCCACCGAGGUCAAGGCGGUCACCUUCCCGCGCGCCUGCUCGGAGCUGUUCGUCACGUGCGCCGCCGAGGACACCCGCGUCUGGCACGCCGCCUCCGGCCAGGAGCUGCUGCGCAUGUGCGUGCCCAACAUGGUGUGCCAGUGUCUGCAGGUGGCGGCGGACGGGUCAGCCAUCGUUACAGGCUGGAACGACGGCAUCGUGCGCUCCUACCACCCGGAGUCGGGCAAGCUGCAGUACAUGAUCCGCGACGCGCACAACCGCGGCGUCAGCGCGCUGGCCGCCUUCUCCACCGGCAAGAUCCUGAUGACGGGCGGCGGCGAGGGCCAGGUCCGCGCCUGGGAGAUCGGCUGUCAGACGCAGACGCUGCGGGCGGCGCUGAAGGAGCACCGUGGCUCGGUCACCUGCCUGCGGCUCACCGGCGACGACUCCGAGUGUGUCAGCGCCAGCACCGACGGCUCCUGCAUCAUCUGGGAUGUCAGGCGGUUCACACGCAAGACGGUCCUGUUCGCCAACACGCUGUUCAUGGGCGUGUGCUACCAUCCAUCGGAGGCGCAGCUCAUCACCUGCGGCACCGACCGCAAGCUCGCCUACUGGGAGAUCUUCGACGGCUCGCUGAUCCGCGAGCUGGAGGCGGCGCAGGACGGCGGCCUCAACGCUGUCGACAUCACGCCCGACGGCCGCUUCAUCGUCACCGGCGGCGACGACAAGCUCCUCAAGGUGUACCGGUACAGCGAGGGCGACUGCGUGUUCACCGGCGUCGGUCAUAGCACGGCCAUCUCGUCGCUGAAGAUCUCGCCCGACAUGAAGACGGUCGUCUCGGUCGGCACGGACGGCGCCAUCCUCUGCUGGAAGAUGCCCGGAGACGUCUAGGCCGGCGGCGAUGGGUCGAACGGCGGCGGUUUCGUGACACGGCCGGCGGCUGUUGGUUGGCUGAGGUGGUGUCGCCGUCCGGUUUUGCGAUUGGUUCGGCGGUGCGGUGACGUCAAGCACGACUUGACCUGGGUUGGGCCGGUCGGGUCGGUGAUCCCGCCAGAUGGCUCGCGAUUGGCGGAAUCAGGAUGACGUCAUGCGUGAUAACUU